AUGGAUUCAGGUUCGUCAGAGGAUUACGGUGAUUUGCGGGUCGUGGGUUGCAGGUGUUCGCUUUUUAACGAUCCCGAAAAAAGCCUGGAGAUCAAUAGCGGUAGAAUGCUUGUACCUUGGGCGAAUGACUCGAGUGUAACUAUUGAUCGAUUUGAUUGUCGUGGCUACUUACAAGACGUCGGCGAGUACGAUGCGGACAGUAUCGUGCAAAGAUUAAGAAGUCAGACUGCUGAAGACGCGGACCUAGAGGAAAUGUGUAACUACGAGCGUUAUCUCGAAUUGCAGACCGACAUCCACGAUAUGGCGGUAGUACAGGAAAGCAAUGCAGACAAUGAGCCAGAGGGGUCAAGAGGCAAAUACUCAACUGUUGGUUUCUCUUACUACCAAACUGAGUCAGAAAAGCAUGUAAUAAUGCAGGAUUUGGCGGACGCCAAGGUAGCUAGCUUUGUCCCUGACCAAAAUGAACCCCAGAAGGAUCAUGAAUGUGAACCAUAUGUUUGUCCACCGGAUCUGGUUCUUCCUUCGGGCAUGGUUUUGCCCGAUUUCGAAAGACAAGCUGCGAUAAUCGAGAAGACAGCUGUCUUCAUCGCUCGUAACAAUGCUCAAAUGGAAAUUGUACUUAAAACCAAGCAGUCCAGAAAUCCUCAAUUCAGUUUCUUAAAUUACGAUAAUCGGCUCAACCCUUUUUACAAGGAGCUAGUAAAGCUUAUAAAAUCAGGUCGUUAUAUCCCUCGCCAGAGGCCCCUCUCAAAUGCGGGUAGACCGACUGAUACAGACGUUGGUGCUAAUGCUGAUGAACCAUAUGAAAUAAAACUGCCAAAGAUUGAUAUAUCGGAGACUGCAUAUGCAUCCCUCAUCAAUCGGUUCAAGAAGCCAACUGGUGAUAGGCAAGUUUUUUCAUCACAAAUCGGAAGGGCAAUUAUUAGUCUGUGGCUCAGUCUCAAUCACGGUUCUGCUAAAAAUUUGGAAAGCGAUGGUAAACGCCCAACUCCUGAUAUCCAAGGAAGUACGUCUGGUGUUGAAAUGGUGGAAACUCGAGAUUCAUCUGAAUCUCUGCUAAUGUCGGAGGCUGAUUACGAGCGCUGUUAUCAAGAGUAUUAUCGGUACUACUAUUCACACUACUACACGCAUUUUUCGAAGAGUGAUGCUAUUGAGUCCGCAGGCGAGUCCUAUCUUGUGGCAGAAUCUGCUCGGGCAGCUGCUACCGCUGCCUCUGCUGCUGUCAACGCCAUGCGACAGUCUCACCUAGCUUCCAGAUCCAGUUCCAUGUCCCCACCUUCCGACCUCCGAGGAAUCAUUGACAAAAUGGCAGAGUAUGUCGCUCGUAACGGGGAGGAAUUCCAAGAAGUAGUAAGGAGGCAAAAGCAGAACGACGCUCGUUUUGCGUUCCUGCAAACAGGGCACAUUCAUCACGACUAUUAUCUUGCGAAGAAGAAGGAGUAUGUUACGAAAGCGCGUCCUAGCGGGAAAAGUGGGAUGAAGUCACCAAACACUGAAAACAAUCAAGAUUGUAAGCAUGCGACAUCAAAACAAGAAAACGACAGUCCUACUGUAGCUCGCAACAAGAGCAUCUCCUUUCGUCUAAUUAAGUCGGUCAGUUCGAGCCGCCUGAAGGGUAUGGAGGAAUCCAUUUCCUCUUCGACUGCGAAUUGUGAUGAUCCCUCCAUUUUGCGCGCAUCUUCCUGCAGUGUCCUGCCAGGCAUGAGUAACUACUCUUCUGCGAGUGAUAGUGAGGACGAAAACAGAAAUGAAUCUUCUCAUUCCUCUCCAUUAUCGAAUGCUCAUGAUGAGGAGUCUAUGGAACGGACACUUACUACUGUUCUGGAGGUCCCAACUGUAAGCUUAAUAAACGGAUCACGGUGGGGGAUUGCCUCGACUUCACCACCACCGAGAGAGCCUCCCAAAACACCGCGCUCACCCAUAGAUGACACUCCAAUAAGUGUCUUUCCUACAAUCUCCAACGGGGCAUCCAAGGGCAUAACUGGGAGCAUCCUCACCCCUGAGGAAAUCGCGCGUGACAUUCAGUCAAUGGAGGAGCAGGCGAGGUUGCAGCUGGAGCGACGCAAGCGUGCUGCACUGUUUGCAGCUAAAUUAAGGCAGUCGAAAUUGAGGAAGGUAGAGCGAGAGGUAGAGGAAGGAAAACGCAGUAGGGCGUCCAACCACCUCACACUGUCUCCGCCUCAAUCAGCUAUCCUAAAACCAGUCACGGCCGCACCGCCGCCUCCCCCCUCUUCCGUGCCUGCCGCAGUCGCACACGCCGUUGUAGAGCAACUCAAGACACAGCGCGAGCGAGCUCUCGAAGCUGCCGCUGUUGCUGAUGUUGAAAGAAAGAGGCUAGUGGUAUAUAAUAUUCAUCUUGGCAAUCCUUAUUAUCGUCCCACAAAAGUUGUUUUUCUGCUCAUCUACAGGCGCAUAGCAAGUCGAGAAGUCCACCGGCAGCCUACGCCAGGCGUAGACAUCGGUCCUCCGCAUCACCUGACAACGGCGCUGUGCGCGCUUGGGGCGGUAGUAGCAGGAGCCAAAGACGACAUUCUCGAUCCGUUUCUCGCGAUAGGGGACGGAGUCACGGCAGAAAACACCAUCAGAAGAGAAGUGGACGUGUUUGAUUUUUUUCUUCUAUACCAACUAUGUUCUAAUGGCUCGGUAGCUUGGAGGGAAUUACACGGCGUUGAUAAGGUUCAUUGCAUCAGUAAAUUUGGGGAGGAUGUUUACAUGGCCCAGCUGUCUAUGGGGGUAGAGGCGGCCGCGCAUUCGCGAUUUCAGUUAAGUGGCGACUACGUUGAUGGCAAAGGUUGGCGGGUGUUGAGUAGGUCCUGA